CAGUGUGAAUGAGCCACUUCAUCUCCGUGUAACCCCGCCCAGCCCUCAGCGUGUGGCGCAGCGGAGCCACGUGAUGUGUGACGCGGGGCGUGACGUCGCGCUGCCUGGUUACGCGUCCUGGCUGCUGUUGACAAGAAGCAGAUCUGUGGGACCGCUGGCUGGCCGAGUCCCUAUACAUGCCGCCCCGGCAGCCUCCCCGCUGGCCGCCAAUGAAUUCACUCAUUCACUUUACAGCUCGCAGUUGCUAAAUACCGUUCGGGUAUUGGGACUUCAUUCCUCAAUUAUAAAGGAGAAGGAAACAUGCAAAGCCAACCAGCUCCCUCCUACUCAAACCAAAAAUCACAUCUGGAAAUAAACUUGGAUGAAGAAAGACAGGAGUUGCUGGAAGAACAAAAAUUAUGUCGAAUUCGAGCGCAGAAAUUAAGCAUAGAGACAAAUCGACGAAGAAAAGCCCUGGCAGAGAAACGCAAAGAGGAGGAAGAGAAGGAGCAGAGAUUCAGAGAGACUGUUCUCCAGCAGAGGAAGCAGAAACUGCAAGAGGUGACAGAGAAGUUCCUGCGGGCUCACCUCCCACCGUCACAGCGCCGGAGAACAGCUUAUGUUCUUCAUAAAAAGCCAACCCCAAAGCUGGAAGAUGCUCUGAAUCAGAUUCAAGGAUCAGUCACCCCAUCAUUCUAUUAUUUAUCUAAUAACACACAUCCGGCCCAUACCAGAAAUACAGAUACACCCUCAAGUAUAUCAAGUGUGGGACAAGGGACCUGGCAUAAAAAACAUCAGGCGACCACAAAGCUGGGAUGUGAGAAGACGUUGCAAGAAAAAAGUGCCAUUCAGCUGGAUAGCAACCAGCUUUACUUCCAGCACAGACUGGAGGAAGCCCAGCGUCUCCUUGAAGAGCAGCAUCUCAGCAAUCUGCAGAAUUUUUACCAUGAAGUAGAGCACCUCGCCCGUUCAGAAAGUUUGUCAAGCGUGGACAGCCUUGAAGAAGAGAGAGAAGUGAAAGCGGAAGAAAACAUUGCAGCACUAAACUUACAACAUGCUUUUUCAGCUAUAGAUGUUUUUCCUCUAGAUAAUGUCACUGUGGAAGCAUCCAAUAAAUAUCAGGGCCAUACCGAAACUGUGAAUGUUUUGCACAGUCAGAGUAAUACUACAUCUAAUCACUUAUCACCUGACAGAAUGGCAACAGAUAUAAGGUUAGAUGGCAAGGAUCCAGAUGUUCCAAUUGGUCAUGGGCAAAAGGAUAUAGUGACUAAUACUUUUACCCAGAAUGGAAUUCUGUUUCCUCAAAAAUCCCAGAUUUCUUCUGCUCAAAAUAUAGAAAACCUCAGAGAGAAAAAUAAUUCUCAUUAUUAUAAGACAGCUGUGUCUGAACUGGACAGCAAAGAAGACUUGUUAAAACAUUUAGCUAAACCAACCAAAGCUUGGGGUACCCCUGAACCCACCCCCAUUCAGACCAUUGUGCCACAGGAAAAGAGAGACCCAACACAUCCAUUGGAUAAGCAGUACACCCCUAGUCAGCCUUUCACCUCUCCUAUAAUUAUCCCAUCCACCGAAUGGGUCCCCAAGUGUGAAUUUAAAAAAGAUAGACAUCCGGAAGAAAUGCAUUCGGAGCUUUCAGUUGCCAGUGCAGGCAAUGGAGUUAUUGCAAACAAUGUUGAGAUGCACUUAGUUGAGCGCAAGCAAAAUAAGAGUGUAGAAACUCCUAGUGAGUUAUCAGCGCAUGAAAGUUCACCUAUAUUUUCUCCCAUGAACAAUAAUGGUUCUCUAGGCACAGAGAAUGAGCCACAUCUGGCUUUACGAGAUACACAAGUUGGUUGGCCUUCACAAUGUAAAAAAGCAAAAAACAGCUUUGCCGGAAAAGAUGAAAAUAGGUUCUUAAAAGGCAUUUUGAAGAAAGGCUCUAAAUAUGAGCUUGGCUACACCAGAGCCGUGGGAAUUAGCAGGAUCUUGCAGAUUGGUGAUGCAGGCACAAAUGCCCUCCGGGACAGCAUCGAACUCUUUAAAGAGAAAGAGAAUAGAAAAACGGGCAAAAAAAAACUGAGAUGGUUGGAUGAGAUAGACAAAUUAAUGACUGAAAAAGAGGUGAGCAAUACUGAGAGGAAUGUAAAUGCUUCCCCCAAAUCACAGUCAUCCACUGAAAGCUCUGAGAGUUUGGGCCAUCAAGCAUGUGACCCAGCGCCUACUGGUUCUGUAGCAGAAACAGCAAAAAUAUCCAAUGGCCAUUGUGGCUCAGUGCAUUCCACGGGGUUCCACGUUGCAAAACAAGCUUGGCAGACAAACAAAGGUUUGGAAAUCAUCGCUACAGAUUGUAAUAACAACAGAAAUGUACCCAAAGGGAAGACAAAAUUUGUACGGAGACCAAAAUCUGCAAAGAACCAAAGUUCUGUUCUGCAUAAACAUAGGAAGGGAACGAUCAUCCGACCGCAGUCAGCUAGUGAGGCGAGCAAAAUUGUCAGAUCUCAGGGAAAAAUAAUGAUGCCCCGUCCUCCUCCAAGGCCUGCUUCAGGCAAAGUAUAUAAUCCCACUGUAGCCAAUGGCUCGUCUCAGACUCAAAAGAGCGAUAGUCCACACGGUGGGAUUAAUGUGGUACCGCCAUCCAAUCCUGUUGUGGCAAAGGAUGCUAUUCCCUUUCAAGGUUCAGCACCACCUGCAGCAAAUGUGUUGGCUACACAUCCCUACAAUUUGUCUGCUUGGGAACCUAACACAAAAUCAGUGAUGUCUUUAACUAGUGAGCGGGUGUUGGCUUUACAAGAUAGCUUGCCCAUGUCUACGAAAAGAUACCCUGUAUAUGGGGAAAAUGGCAUACGCUUGGAUCAUACCCCAACUGAUGAUGAAAUCGCUGUUCUGUGGCAAGGAGUACGCACUGCUUUAACACACAAACAUUCUGGCACAGGAACUUUCCAACCUGGUGAUCAGCGGCCAAGCAUGCAGCCGGCACGGACCAAUUUAUCACAUGUUAUUAUUGAUGGGGGAAACCUGCUGACUAAUAUGAAAUCAUUCUCUAGAAUUAAUGGAUAUUUCUCACCGCCCCCAAAUGGUCACCUCACACUUACACGGAGAAAACAGAUCUUAGACAGUAACGAAAAUAAGCACAGGGCACUGAUGGAACAGAGGCGGCUCAAACCAAACUCUGCAAACUGGAGGCAUCCGCAGACUGAGAAUGAGCACACAUUGAAGAUAAAUCCGUUGGCAAGUGCACGAGAACCACUGCCGGCAGCAUUUAGUCAUUCAGGUGAAGUUUCAGAGAGUACAGCUCAGUUUAUUCUGGCUGAAAACCUGGUGGAAACAUCUGCCAGCGAAGGGGAAAUCCUAGCCGAGAUGCAAGCUAUGUCGGGCAGCAGAAAAGGUCUUCAGAUGCACAAAGGUCCACAGGGUGCAUGCCUUAGUGCUUUGUCUCUGGAGGAACAGAAGCUCCUUCAGUCACUGGACCGUCUCAACCAGAGACUGCAGAAUGUCCAGGAAGCCAUAACUAAAUAUCCAACGUCAACAAUUAAUUUUCCGAUGAAAUCUCAACUGAAUCUCCAACAAUUUCCCUCUCACCCUUCGGACUCACCAGCGCCUGUGCAGCGAUUCCGCAGUUUGUCAGCUGACCCACGCAUAAGAAUCCAAAGACGAUACUGAAUCGCCAGCAACAAAUACCAGAGUAUUAUCUGCCACUGUACAUAGAUCUUAUAUGUACUAUCAGUACUAUGUACUAUAUGCAGUAUGAGAUGAAAUUUCAUGGCUGCACUUUAUUGCCACAAGAGCUGCAGUAAUUUCCCAGGACUGUGUCUGACAUUUCAGUUAUUUCUUACAAUCAGCCAAACCGUUUUCAGCUUUUUGUUGCAAUAACUAAAUCUCACAAAAAAUCCCUUCCUUACAGAUUUGGUACAUUAAAUUAAAUUAAUGUAUCAGACUCACACAGGAGUAGGAGGAGCUGUCAACUCUUAUAGCAAAUCCCCUUUGGUAAUUAAAUAUAUAACUCUGUGUUUUGCCUACAAGUUAAUUAUUGUAAUUUACACAACUAUUUAUUUUUAUAUAUGUUGCAGGAGGGGGAAUGUUUUAUAUCCAAUAACAAUAAUGUCAAUAUCUGUAUGUGUGUAUAUAUACACACAGCAAUUGGCAGAUUUCCAGAUACAUCAACUUCUGUUGUAGUGUAUUUUGGAAAAUGAAAUAUUUUCCUUUUGAAAUCUGUUAAUAAUUUGCAGAUAUUGUGGGUUGUGGCUGGUCUCACACAGAUCAUCGCUACUGGUCAGAAUCAGAAGUGCCGAUGUUCUCACACAUUAUGGGAGAUUAUACAGUGUAUUCAUUAUGCAAGGGUUAUAUUUAUCAUGACAAUACGGGAGCAGUUCAGUGCCCCUGAAUUGAAAAUGGCUUAUUUAGCAAUGCCCAAUGCAAGCACUGCACAGAUUAAUAGGGGAAAUUGUGCCUCAUCUAAAGCAACCUACGCGUUCGUUAUUAGAUAUAGUGCUCUAUAGCAAGUUUAUGUGUCUCAUGGUGGGGAGGCCAGGGCAUUGUGGGGAAAAAAUAUGGCACUUCUUUGUACUUUGCACAUAAACCUUGAAAAAUUAGCCCUUUAGUGGGCUUCCCUCUCUUUCAACAUUUCCCAUUUCUCCAGUUUGCCUAUGUAGCUGACAUUACAAGCUGCAUUAAUAUUGUAUGUUGGGUUUAUAAUAUACCUGGGCAAGUGUAUGUGUAUAUAAAUAUAUAUAUUAUAUGCACAUAUACUCACACAGGACUGAGCUGCUAAUCAAUCAGAGCCAUUCUGCUAGUCUUCCACUAGAGGGCAUCACAGUGCCUUCACUUUAUCAUCCAGUGCCUUUGUAACCUGUAACCGGAGUCACACUAGCUUCCAUGAUCUUGGAGUGGUAAAAAAUAAAUGGAAUUUGCCUUAAUUACACCUUAAGAAUGUAUCAGUAAUUUAAUGCACUUUAUAGAUUAUUCUAUUUUUACAUUCUGAAAAUACCUCUUUUUUUUUUAAUGUUUUGAGUGUGUUAUUUAAGUUUUAUGUUGCAAACGAAUAUAAAAUGAUUUUCCUGCUCUGAA